AGCCCACCAACCCGGCCCGUUGUCUAAGCACACAAGAGUGAGCGUGAUAUUGAGGCCACUAGCAGUAGCGCCAGUCUGAGGUCGCCGCCGUGUGUUGCUUGGAGUAAUGGCGACUGAGAAUAAUAAGUCCAAGUGGUCCUCAGCCCCCAAGUCCAAGAAGGGAAAGACUCGUUACCUUCCUCACAACAGGUCGGUGAAGAAGAAAGGGUCGUAUCCUUUACACCCGGGCGUGGAAGGAUUCUUUAUCACUUGUGAUGGUGGCAGGGAGCGCCAGGCCUCUCAUGAAGCUCUCAACGUUAUAGACUCGUUUUUUGAAGAGCUUGUACAGGGGAAGGAUUCAGGGAUAAAUCUUUCUGAGGCACCCAGUAAACCUUUAAAUAAAAAAAUCAAGUUCACAUACUCUGAUUCUUCUAGUAGUGAUGAUGAUAAUGAUGAUGAUAAGAAAGAGGAGGGAGAAACUGAGGAACCUGUUGAAGACAAGGAGGUGGUCAAGGAAGAAAAUAAAUCUGAUACUUGUAGAGAUGAUGAUGGUAGUCAUGAUAAUCAAAUAAGUGAGACAUCAGAUCUCGAGAAGAAAGACAAUGCUCUCUGUGAAAAUAAACCAGAGGAAGAUACUAAAGACGACAAAGAGGGUAGUAUAAGUAAAGAGAUUUCUGCAAAAGAAGGUGAAGAGCCACCAGCAAAGAAACAAUGUCUAGGAACAGAUUCUUCAAAAAGGAUCCCGGAUAAAGUAGAAGAGAAGUCCAUUGAUAAACUAAUUGAUGAUGAGCUCCGAGAACUUAAAGAUAAGAACAAGAGGCGCUUUGUCAACCUUGAGUCAGGUUGUAAUGGUGUCGUCUUCGUUCAAAUGCGGAAGAGAGAUGGAGAUCCUGGCCCCAAAGAUAUUGUACAGCAUAUGAUGACAUCUGCUGCUGCAACGAGGAAACACAUGUCGAGGUUUAUCUUAAGGGUAUUACCUGUCGAAGUAUCGUGCUAUGCUUCGGAAGAGGAGAUUUCCAGAGCAAUUAAACCUCUUCUUGCACAAUAUUUUCCCUUGGAAACUCAGAGUCCUCGGAAGUUUGCAGUACUUUACGGAGCACGGGCAAAUACGGGUAUUGAUAGGAUGAAAAUCAUAGAUGCAGUGGCAAAAUCCGUGCCUGAACCUCACAAAGUUGACCUUAGCAACCCUGAUUUGAACAUUGUAGUUGAAAUUUGCAAGACUAUUUGCUUGAUUGGUGUUGUUGAAAAUUAUAAGCAGUUGGCCAAGUACAACCUGAGGCAGCUCACAUCACCUAAGCCAUAGGAAUUUGUUCUUUUACUGAAGCUGGAUUUGGUUCCUUACAUGUAAUGCAUCAUUCUGGUAGUUAUAUCACAGAAAUGAUCUGGAUUUGAAACACGAGAACCGAGAACUCAUUUGCUUGGCAUUGUAGAAGUUAGCCUCUUAGUCAAGUUCCUUUUUUUUCUUUUUGGCCGAGUUAUGUUGUUUCAAUUUGUAUUUGACAUUUUCAAUUCCUCUUACUCAUGAUAACAGAGUUUUAGAAGCGUGGAUUCUCUUAUUAUAUUGUUGGGUUGAGAAAUAUGCACCAUGAUGCUGGUGUUUUUCAAUUGAUAUUA